AUGCCCUUCGCCUCCGAACCCAUCCGCAUCUCCUUCGACGACCCCAACUUUCUUCGCCGGGCCCUCGCAUCCGCCAUCUCGACGGGCCUUGAACUCGGACUCGCAGCCCUUUUUUUGGGCCUGUCCUGCGCGAUUGGAAUCAUCGCGGUCGGUCUAGCGAUGCGAUUCUUUCGGAUGCGGAGGGACGACUCACGUACCCAAAACUUAGCCUUCCAACCUGCUCCGGAUCCUGCAACCGCUCGCCAGCUGUUCAGGUUCUCAACCAUCUCGUUUCGAGACACGCAGGCUGCCGCGUCGGAAAUCUCCCGUCCCGUUUCCUUUGUCCCGUCCGGACUUAUAACCCCUUCCCAACCCCCUCUCAGCUUGCACUCCUCCUUCAUCCCCCUCACGGCCUACAAUCCAAACUUCCUUACAAACAACCAUCCCCUCCCCCUCCUCACCCUCACACCUCCCAAACCAUCCGCAGCCAUGCAAUCCCCCGCCCCCCUCCCCUCCGCAUCCGCCACCAUCCCCACCCCUUUCCAAACCCUCCGGCAAGACCCCACCUUCGCCAACCUCCUCCGCGUCCUCCCAACCGUGCUGACCUCCAGCCUCUUCAUAACUUUCGGGCUCCUCGGCGCGGUCCUCGCGUGCCUCAAAUGGGCCCUCUUCAUCGUGAUCAUCGUCGUCACUUUUGGGCUCGGCCUGGCGAUCUUGGUCGUGGCUGCCGCGUUUUUGGUGGCGGGCCUGCUGGGGCUGGGGCUGGGGCUGGUGGCUGCGGCAAAGGAAUAG